AUGAAGCCAGCCGUGGAUGAGAUGUUCCCCAAGGACACCAGGCCCUACAUGGACCUGGAUGAGGCUAGAGGGGGCACUGGCCUCUUGAUGGACUUGGCAGCCAAUGAAAAGGCAGUUCAAGCAGACUUUUUAAAUGAUUUUGAAGAUCUCUCUGAUGAUGAUGAUGUCCAGUGAAUCUGUCCAGUCAUAUAUGCUCCACAUUUUUGAUGUGUCUCAAAUGUGUCAGGACAUGAUCAGAUGAUCAUA